AUGGCAUCUGUGUUGGCUUCGGGCAGCAGCUUCCGUCACCCUGACGCGCUGGACGCCUUGGGCCAUCUGUCGAAGCGGGUCGUGGAACGACGGGUGGAGGGCGAGCUGCCCCUGGGACAGGAUGUGAAUGGCCUCAGUUCCAAUGUGGCGGAUCUUCUACGCGCAGCGCCUGUGCUGGUGCAACGCAGCGUCUUGGACCAGGGAAGCUUGGCAACUUGCAGAGAUCCCAAUGCGGGCUGCGUGGGUCGCAUCCGAAAGGCGGAACGGGCGGAGCGAGGAGAGCGCAGCGCUCCAGUGGGAUUCGUGGCGCCCAGCAGGGAUGAGGUUGAAGCCUUCAUUGAAGAAAAUGAACUCAACGAGCGAGCGGGAGAAGCCCUCAGAGGUGCGCCGCCUGCUGUGCAGUGGCAUGUUUUGGAACAGGGCAGCCUCCGGAGUUGCAGAGAACCCAGCGCGGGUUGCGUCGGAAGAAUCAGCAAGGCAAAAAGGACCAUGGACCCUGCUUUGCUGGCAAUCCCACAGGGCCCCUCAGCCUUCGAAGUGGAAGAGUUCAUACAGGAGAACGGCUUGGACGAGCGCGCCGCGAGUGCCCUGCAGGGCUCGGCCCAAUGGCUUCAACGGCAGGUCUUGGACCAGGGCAGUUUGCACGGCUGCCGCGACCGGAACGCUGGUUUGAUGGGACGCCUGCGCCGUGCGCAACAGGCCCCAUCCUUUGCUGAUGGAGUGCGAAGCCAGGCUUCUACAGCAACUCGCCAGGAGAUUGAGCGGUUCAUCCUGGACAAUGAUUUGAAUGAACGUGCUGCAGAUGCCUUGCGAAGUGCAGGCAGCUCUGUGCAGAGACAGGUUUUGGACCAAGGAAGUCUUUUUGGUACCCGUGAGCCCAGUGCUGCGUGCAUCGGGCGAAUUGCAAAGAUUCAGAAGAGUGGCCAGGAGGGAUGGGGCACUCCCAGCUGCCCCAGCUUGGACGAUGUGGAGAGGUUCAUCUAUGAGAACCGCCUUGACCAGCGAGCUGCCGUUGCUUUGGAGGGCGCUCCUCCAAUGGUCCAGCAGUCCUUACUGGCGCAAGGUCACUUGGGUGGCAACGCCACUGACGCCUCCCGCGCUUGCCUGGCUCAGAUCAGAGCCACGUCGCAGGAGUUCAGCAACACACCUGCAGCGGCUUCAGCGGCUUUGGAUGAGGUGGAGCAGUUCAUUCGUGAAAAUGGCUUGGAUGCUUCAGCCUCCAAUGCUCUUCGCUCGGCCCUUCCAGCGGUGCAGCGACAGGUGCUGGAGCAAGGAAGCCUCACCAGCUGUCGAGAACCGAGUGCCGCUUGUGUCAGCCGGCUUCGAAAGGCCAAGGUUUGGGCAGAUGGCAACGAUGCUCACAUCGCAUCGCCGAAUGAUGUGGAGAGAUUUAUUCAAGAGCACGACCUAAACGAGCGAGCGGCUGAUGCAUUGCGAGGGGUGCCUCCAGAAGUGCAAGCUGAGGUGCUGGCCCAGGGUAGCUUAGCAACAUGCCGAGAUCCCAAUGCAGGAUGUAUCGGCCGCAUUGCCAAAGCACAAGCCGCCUUCAAGCACCGAACAGAGCUUCCCCCGACAGGGCCAUCUGCCGAGGAGCUGACUGCGUUUGUGCGAGAGCACAAUCUGAGUGAACGCUGCGUGGCGACUCUGCAUGAAGUGUCCGCGCCCGUGCUACGGGCCGUGCUGGAUCAGGGCAGCCUGCGUGGAUGUCGUGAUCCCAGCGCGGGGUGCAUGGGAAGAAUCAAGAAGGCUGUGAAGGAUGGAAGCCUCCGUCGAGGAACCAAGCGACAGCACGAGGUUGCUCCAGCUGGAGGGCUCAAUCGUGAAGUCGAUCGAUUUGUCAUGGACCACGAACUCAGCGACCGCGCUGCCACAGUGCUCAGGGAGCAGGUGCCAGAGGUGCAGGAGAUGGUGCUGCAAGGUGGCAGCAUGCGAGGCACUCGUGACAUGUCUGCCGUGUGCAUGGGCCGCAUUUCAAAGGCUGUGCAGGAACUCUCUCAAAGGCCCAAGCGACAUGCGAGAUCACCGGCACGGGUGGUCCACGCAAUUGGUGGCUCAAGGAGCAAAGGUGUGCGCUACAGCCACUGAGAGCCCACCUAAAAUUGAGCGCGCGUGGUUGAUUCCAG